AUGGCGACAUCGAAGAACGAAUUGCCGGAUCCAUCGCAGAGCGUGAUCCUUGAGGUCAUUGCCACGCGGAUUCGGGAGAUCGAGAAGCUCCAGGAGGAGCUGACAACCAUCAAAACCAUCGAGAAAAAGGCCCGAGCUACCUUGUCAACCUUUGGGGCCAAGCCGCGACUUUCCGAUCUUCGACAAGACAUCCAACAGCUCGAGAUAGAACGAAGUGCGAUUCAAGCGCGUCUGAUAAGCCAUCAGGGUGAUGAUGAAGUGAGCCUGCCCGCAGAGGAGCGAGAGAAGCUUGAACGGGAUUGGAAGAUAUGGCAACGUCAUGCCACCCUUCGUCAUCGCAUCUGCCGGGAACUAUGGGGAAAGUGCACCGAGGUUUUAACUGAGAAUAUGACAUCGAACGAACUUUGGGAGUCACUGGGGCUUGAAGGAACCCUCCAAUGA